AGUCCUGGGCUCUUUGCGGGGCGGGAGUCCCAUUCCCGUACCUUGCUGUCUGCGCCGCCCACCCCCCCACAGGGGGGCCCUGGGCAGCGAUGGGGAGAGGGCUGGGGACAGAAUGUGGAUACCUUGUGCCAGGGGCAGGUGGCUUCACUGUCUUCCUUGGAAGAACGAGACAGCUACCUCCAGCAGAGCCCUGGAAGUCCCAGACAGCACCUGAGCUGGUCAACAAAAAGCCUUGAGCCCCCCACCCCUAGCACCGGGGCAGAGGCGCCGAGUUCUGGAGGACAACCACCUGAAGACAGAAAGACAAUAGGGGAGCUUUUACAGACAAGAGAGAUGCCAGCUCGCCUCCAUGUAUUGAGAAAUUCCAUUUCCUUCUCUCAACUCUACCCUUCAGUGGUUUCUAGAAGGAAGACAUUUCUGGAAAACAAAAGCCCUUUCUCAUAAUUUACUGGAAAACACUGACCACCAUUGUCUCCACGAUGAAGCUCCCGUAGUCUAGCAGCUGACGUCCUUAAAUAACCAGGGGACGUGCCUUCACCCCCGGCUCCAGAAGAACACGUGAGAAGCACCUUGUGUUAGGACUGGGAGGAUCAUGGGAGAUCACCUUGACCUUGUCUUAGUAGUGAUGCUCAUGGCCAGUCCGGUGCUUGGAAUUUCUUCCUGCUCCUCUGAUGGUCGCAUUGCCUUAUAUCGUUCCUGCAACCUCACCCAGGUGCCCCAGGUCCCCAACACCACUGAGAACCUCCUGCUAAGCUUCAACUAUAUCAAAACCGUCACAGCCUCCUCCUUCCCCUUCCUGGAGCAGCUACGCCUGCUGGAGCUUGGGACUCAGUGGACCUCCUUCACGAUUCACAAAGAAGCCUUCAGAAACCUGCCCAACCUUAGGAUCUUGGACUUGGGCUACAGUCAGCUAGACUUCUUGCACCCAGAGGCUUUCCAGGGACUGCCUCAUUUGUUUGAACUCAGGCUCUUUCACUGCAAUCUGUCUGAUGCUGUGUUAAAAGAUGGUUAUUUCAGAAAUUUAGAGUCUCUGUCUCGCCUGGACCUGUCCAAGAAUCAGAUUCACAGCCUUUCCCUCCAUUCUUCAUUCCGGGAACUGAAUUCCUUGAAGUCCAUUGACUUUUCCCUCAAUGAAGUGCCCACAGUGUGUGAGCAUGACCUCCAGCCCCUCCACGGGAAAACACUCUCCUCUUUGAAUCUCGCUUCUACUCAGCUGUACAUCAGGGUCUCAGUGGACUGGGCGAAGUGCAUGAACCCAUUCAGAAACAUGGUCCUAGACACCCUAGAUGUCUCGGGCAAUGGCUGGACUGUAGACAUCACCAGCAACUUCAGCAAUGCCAUCCGUGGCAGCCAGGUCUCCAACCUGGUGCUUGCCUACCACAUUAUGGGGUCCGGCUUUGGCUUCCAUAACAUCAGAGACCCCGACCGGAGCACAUUCACCGGCCUGGCCAGAAGCUCAGUGAGAAGCCUGGACCUUUCACAAGGAUUUAUCUUCUCCUUGAACUCCCGACUCUUUGAGACCCUCACGGAGUUGAAGCUUCUGAACGUUGCCCACAACAAAAUAAACAACAUUGCAGAUGAGGCAUUUUAUGGGCUCAACAGCCUCCAAGUUCUCAAUAUGUCUUAUAACCUUCUGGGGGAACUGUACAAUUCUAACUUCCAUGGACUACCUAGCAUCAUCUACAUUGACCUGCAAAAGAAUCACAUUGGGAUCAUUCAAGGAGAUACAUUCACAGCCCUGAAAAGAUUACAGACCUUGGACCUCCGGGACAAUGCUCUGAAAAUGACUGACUUUAUCCCAAACAUAUCUACUAUCUUCUUGGGUGGCAAUAAACUGGCAACUUUCCAAGAUAUCAGAUUCACAGCCAACUACAUCCAAUUAUCAGAGAACAGGCUGGAGAACCUGGAUAAUCUCUACAUCCUUCUCCAGGUCCCUCACCUCCAGACUCUCAUUGUAAAUCAAAACCGUUUUUCCUUUUGUACCCAAACUCGUGCCCCUUCAGAGAGUCUCAGCUUAGAACAGCUUCUCCUGGGAGAAAACAUGUUGCAACUCGCCUGGGAGACGGGGUCCUGUUGGGAUGUUUUCAAGGGGCUUUCCCGUCUCCGGGUCCUGUACUUGAAUCAAAACUACCUGAGUUUCCUUCCACCAGGAGUAUUUCGCUCUCUGGUUGCAUUAAGGGGACUCAGCCUCAGCUUCAACAGGCUGACUGUGCUUUCUCCUGACGACCUACCCCCUAGUUUAGAGAGGCUGGACGUGUCCCAGAACCAGCUCCUCACUCCUGAUCCUGCUGUAUUUGCGUCACUCAGUGUUGUGGACCUAAGUCACAACAAGUUCAUCUGUGAGUGUGAACUUAGCACCUUCGUUAAGUGGCUCAACCACACCAAUGUCACCAUAUUCGGGUCUCACGCAGACGUAUACUGCACGUACCCCGACUCGCUGGCUGGGACUUCCCUCUACUCUCUGUCCACCGAGGGCUGUGAUGAAGAGGAAAGCUUACGGUUUCUGAAGUUCUCCCUUUUCAUUUUAUUCACUGUCAUAUUGACGCUGUUCCUGGUGACCGUCGUCACGGUCACAAAGUUCCGGGGGGCUUGUUUCUCCUGUUACAAGACAGCCCAGAGAUGGGUGUUCAGGAGCCCAGGCAACACAAGAGAAUCCGACACGUACAAAUACGAUGCCUACUUGUGCUUCAGCAGCAAAGACUUCGAGUGGGUGCAGAACGCUUUGCUAAAGCACCUGGACACUCAGUACAGCGACCAAAACAGACUGCACCUGUGCUUUGAAGAGAGAGACUUUACCCCAGGGGAAAACCACGUUGCCAACAUCCAUCACGCCGUGUGGAGCAGCAGGAAGACUGUCUGCCUUGUGAGCAGACACUUCCUCAGAGAUGGCUGGUGCCUGGAAGCCUUUAGCUACGCCCAGAGCAGGGGCCUCGCUGCCCUGGACAGUGCCCUCAUCAUGGUGGUGGUCGGAUCCUUGUCUCAGUACCAGCUGAUGAAACAUGAGUCCAUCAGAGGGUUUGUACGGACACAGCAGUACCUGCGGUGGCCUGAGGAUCUCCAGGACGUUGGCUGGUUUCUUAAUAAACUCUCUCGGCACAUACUAAAAAAAAAAGGAAAGGAAAAGAAGAAAGACAGUAACAUUCCAUUGCAAGCUGUAGUGACCAACUAACCCCCAGUCAACGGAGUCAUUUUCCACUUAUCUCAAGCCACAAAUAACUCUUCACCUUGUAUUUGCAUAUGGGGGGGUUCCUUUUUGAAGUUUCUUUUUUUCUACUAUGAAAAAAAAACCCCAUAAAGCUCUUGAUUUGCAUAGCAACACUCCAUGGAUUUUCCUUCAGACUCAAUAAUACCGUUCUUUCCCAGUGCAUCAACUAUAAAAUAUUUCCCAGUCUUGGGGAGGUGUCCUUUCCCACAGAGGACAGGCACCCUUUCUCCAGCAUCCAGCUCCGGAAGGCGCUGGCCAGUGACUCCGAGCCCUCUGUGCCCCGCAGGACAACACUAGGUAGAAAAGAAAAAAAGGCACAUUUCCUACUUCCGCCAUGGGAAAAACGUCCUUGCUGGGUCAAGGUCAUGCUCAGUCUCAGGGAUAAGAGGAGGCACCAAGGAAGCCGGGAUGAGAAUAACUAGAUCUCUUCCUGUUCUUACCUUUGGCUCUUCCACACGGAGCCCGAGUGGGGCCAUGAACCGUCUUUUUGGAAGGUGACCUUUCAUUCAGCCUCGCAUUGAAGACCUUCCAUGAUUCAGCACCAACCUACCUCAGUUUUCUUUCUUUUCUAUUUUUUUUUUUUAUCAUUUAUCAGCCACUCAGCCUCUUGCAGAAGGACUGAGCCCUGGGACCCAGACCCUGGUUUGCGUUCUGAUGCUGCCACUGACUUGCUUGAUGACCUUGAGCAUGAGGCACACCCUGAUGGGCCUCAGUUUGUUCACCUGUAGGCCCGGCCGUAUCUACCUCAUCGAGUUGCCGUGCAGAUUGAAUGGGUGGAGGAUGCCAGAUCUUCGCAGGCCUUGUCUUCCGCUGCCCCAGUGGCCACAGGAGGGUGCAAACACUCAGGGGCCUCCAGGACAGAGUCAG